CUUUCCUCCGUGCGCGCGCUCGGGUCUCCGCUUUCACCUAGCGCCUGCCUUGCUCCCAGCCGAGAGCGGCCAUGCCCGAGCCCCUGGCACGCCCAGCCCUCGUCAGCUGCGAGGGGACGCGGGCUUGAGCCGAACCACAGCCGGGAGGCAGGAGACGCCAGCCUUUCCCUCUGCGGACGCCGUCUGCCCUGGAAGCCCCCCCGAGGGGAAGCACAGCCAUGAUGGGAGGCCUCCUGCUCGUUCUCUGCUCUUUCCUGGUUCCGGUGAUCUUGGCAGAAGCGACUGAGCAAGAGAAAGAAAAGGAUCCCUUCAACUAUGACUACCAGACCCUGCGGAUUGGUGGCCUGACCUUUGCCGUGGUCUUCUUCACGCUUGGGAUCCUGCUCAUUCUGAGCAGGCGAUGCCGGUGCAGCUUCAACACAAAGGCCAGGGCUCCCGGUGAUGAGGAGGUGCAGGCGGAGAACCUGGUGGCUUCUAACGAUGUGAGAUGGGACUCUGCCUUCAAAAGGCAGGCCCGGGUUCCGAUCGCUGGGGGCACCAGCUCUGGACCACAGGCGCCGAGGGCGUUGGAGAGGUGGAAAAACCCCAGAAGAGGCGUCCUCAGUCAGGCGCGGGAGGGGGGCUUGCUUUGGGCGGUUGCGGGCCCUCUAUUUAUUGCCCCGCGCAGUUGCUCUCCAGUCCUUUCCGCAGCGAGAUCGGAGCGCUCCCAAGGGACGCGGGCUAAACCAGCGGGUGGCGCGAUGGGACCGCUUCCUUCCUCCCCCACCGAUGUGGCAAAAAAUUUGCCGGAGACCGAGAAAUCCCUAUUUUCUUACGACUACGAGACCGUCCGCCACGGGGGGCUCAUCUUCGCCGUGGCGGCCUUCCUGAUCGGGCUCGCCAUCGUCUUCAGUCGGCGGUUCCGCUGCGGAGGGAAGCAGCAGCGACGACCCGGCGAAGUGAACGGACUGUGAGCCCGGCUCUGUCCAGCGCACCUUUCUGCGGGCCUCCGGCUCCUUUCCGGAGGGCGACAGGGAGUGCGGGCGGCCUAGCCGGCGGCUGGAGCCUCUUCUCUGCCGGGAGCGAGAGAUCUUCCUCCGAGGACUGAAUGGGAAGCGGCUCCGGGCGCGCAUCCGAGGAAGCGACGAGCCUAAGCCGCACUUGGCUGCCGCCGCGCCGCCUCUGGCCGUGAAAUAAAGCGCCGCCUCCCAAGUCGAGUUUUAGCUGAGAAAA